AUGACAAAAAAACAUUUGAGAAUUGCAGAAAAUUUAAGAACAAUAUGUCCUAUUUCUUCCAAUAAAUAUCGUAAAGAAUGGCCUUCAGUGUGGCUAAACUAUGAUGUUCGAGUGUAUCAUUGGUUGUUUUUGACUCUCAUUAAUCUGUUUAUGAAGUAUCAGCUAAUGAGGGCCAAUCAAUAUGAUAAAGUAUUGAUUGACUUAAGACCAUGUAAUUCCAAUUAUCAUGUUUCAGAAGAAGGCGAACAUCCUUGUUUGAAUAUAAUUUACAUUGCUGCAUCCGUUAUUGUUUUAAGAUAUUUACUGGGACUAGAUUUCGAAUUUAAUUCGCGUAACUUAGACGCACAGCAGCAUACUAGCUCUGAUGAUAGACACAUAUUAACCAGAACAUCCAACUACAAUGUUUUGGAUGUAGAUCAGGUUAAACAUAAAGUUGAUUAA